AUGGCGGCUGAUAUAGCCGCGCGUUCGUCCCUUGCGCCGCACCACAUGCGACACGAGCUGUCCGCGCCUCGCUCUUUCGAAUCGCCUCUCAAGAACCGUGGUUCUUACGCCGACCAAUCAGAAUCAUCCUCCUACACCACCCAUCCCCGCCACCCAUCCGACUUAUCUCGGCACCAGAUGCAGCAGCUGUCUGCGUGUGGCGGCGCGGCGGCGGCUAUUCGUUGGAUUCGCGGACCUAGUCUAGGCGGCGACCCCGCCGGGAAAGUAAAUCUCGCGUUAAAUUCUGACACGGGCGAGGUUCUGGUGGUCAAGUCCGUGUCGAUUAAUAGCCUUCCUAAGACCAUGCGGCAGCUUGAGAACGAGCAGGCGAUUCUGGAGGAGCUCCGAACCUGCCCGCGCGUGGUUCGGCUGCUAGGCUCGGCGUGGGAAUCCGAACCUGCGUCCGGGGCUCGGGUGAAGAAUCUGUUUCUCGAGUAUGUUUCUGCUGGGAGUGUGCUUGAUAUCAUGGGCACGUUCGGAUGCUGCGGCGGCGACAGCGGCGGCGGAGGCGGAGGCGGGGGGUGCGGAGGGUUGCCGGAGGCGCUGGUGCGGAAAUACGCGCGCGGGAUUGCGGAAGGGUUGGCGGAAUUGCAUGCGCGCGGGAUUGUACACUGCGACGUGAAAGCGGCGAAUGUGCUUGUUGCGGGGGGAGAGGGGGAGACAAAGCUGUGCGGGCUGGGCGUGGCGAUGCGCGCGGGGGAAGCGGCGCAGCGCAUCGCGCGCAAGCAGCGGCUGCAGGGAACGUACGGCUGGAUGGCGCCGGAGGUCGUGCGGCAGGAAGAUCAAGGGUUCGCAUCGGACGUCUGGUCGUUCGGGUGUACAGUAAUCGAAAUGGCGACGGGUUCGCCGCCUUGGACCGGCCAACUGCCGCCGGCCGGUAAUAUAGACGGCGAGUACAUUGCCGAUCCGUCACCUGACGCUCUGGUGCACGCUAUUGGUUACUCGAACGCGGCGCCGGCUAUUCCGGCGCAUCUGUCGGCGGAAGCUGUGGGGUUCCUGCGGAGAUGCCUCGAGAGGGAUCCCGCGCGCCGCCCCUCCGCCGCGCAACUGCUGGAACACCCGUUCCUCCGCGCAAGCGCGUUCAGCUCCGCGGGUGCGGCCCCAGCAGCGUACCCCUUGGCGCAGCAAGCUGCGCGCCCGCCCAGUGGCGGCCGCGGGAGCGGAGCCCGGCGGAAUGAGGAUAGCGCGGGACCGAGAGCAGGUGGAGGGGGAAGCUGGGCGCAUCAAGGCGCGGGGGGGGGCGCAAAGGGCGCGGACGAGUUUUACAAUGAAGGGCGGGUGAGAGGGGAGUGCGAGUGGGAGGAGGCGGACGCGGCGGCGGAGGAGGAGGAGAUGGAGGAGUAUGGGUGGGAGGAUAUAGGGGUGAGCUUCGGUCCCAGUGGAGCUGAAGGGAUCAUCUCGUCUGGCCCUAUGCAGCCUUCCUCGGGCUUUGGAGGUCUUGAUCCAACGGUCAGACGCAGAGUUGGUGCAGGUUCAGGCGGAAUUUCAAGUGGGAACUCAGGUGGAGAUUCGCCUGGUAGGCUGGUUUCCCAGGGUAGCCUGCCACCGGGUGGUAACCAGUUACCACCGCUUCGCAAGUCGCCUCUGCAGAGGUCGCAGUCCCAGCCAGGGCAGGUGAUCCUGGCGAACACAGGCGGGGGUGGUAACAGCAGUAACUGCAACAACUCGCAGCCUUCGCGGCCCGCCUCUCAAAAGCCCAUGCCACAAGCACCACCCCCAUACGCACCUCCCCCCAUGCCUUCCGCCGCAGCUAAUCAGCCCAUGCCGCCCAUGCCGCCCAUGCCAGCCACAAACCUGCCGCCCGCGCCAGCGCCACUGUUCCACCCAUCAGGCAUCCGCAUGGGCCCGCUGAUGCGACAAAUAUCCAAGGAUCAGCUUGCCCUGCGCGCAGCCAUGGCUGCUGCGGAGACCGGUGGGGGCCUUGGUGGUAACCAGGACAGGGGUGGUAACCAGGAGAGGAGUGGUAACCAGGAACGGGGCGGUAACAGCUAUGGCCAGGGGCACACUGCUCCCUCCGCAACGCCUGUGCCCCCCUUGCCUGGGAGGGUGGGCUUGGGGCGGGCAUCGCACCAGCGGUCCAGCUCAGUGCAAGAUAGUGCAAGAAGCGGAAGCAGCUUGGGAGGUGGUGGUCAGGGGAUCAAAUCCUGCCUGAGACGAACGAGUUCCUGUGUGCCAGGGGAUAGUGGUGGCGGGAAUGAUGUGGGCGGGAGUCUGGGGAGAGGCGUGGGAGGGAGGGGAGGGGAGAGUGGCUUGCAGCGGAUGGGCUCUUUGACGCAGGCCAAGAAGACAGUGGCGUUUGGUGCAAAUUGA